AUGUUUUCAAUUUCUAAAAUAUCUAAAAAUUUUAAUUUAAAAUCAUUAAAUUUACAUCGUCAAAAUUUACAACUUUCUUUUCAAAAACGAUUAUUAACAUCGGCAUCGAAUAACUGCAAAAGUGAUGAUAAAGCAAACAAACCAGUAGCAGAAAAAGAAAUCGAUGAAAUUAACAAGAAUGAUUCCGUUCAAGAAAGUAGUUCUACAAAAUCAAAAAAUCAACAAAACAUUGAUGAUAUAUUAAGUCUUUUUAGUUCAGAACCACCACCAUCAUCAUCAUCUUUUCUAUCGACCAAACAAGAACCUCCUUCAGGGAAAGAAGGAAUAGAUCAUUUUUUAUCAAAUUUUCAAUCUAAAAGUUCAUAUUCCUCAUCUUUUCCAACUUCCUCUUCACCUUAUCGUUCUUCAUCUCCAAAUUCUGAUGUAGCAAAACUUCUAUCAGAUUUCUUGGUUCCUUCCGAGGAAAUUUAUAUUCUUCAUAUUCACGCAUCAUAUAAUAAUACUUUAGUAACAUUAACAAAUUCUCGUGGUGAUAUUUUAUUAACUAAAUCAGGUGGUAGUGUCGGUUUUAAGAAAGCUCAACGAGGGGGUUAUGAAGCUGCUCAUCAAACUGCUGCUGGAGUCAUUCAGAAAAUUAAAGAAAAAGGAUUAAAUGUUAAGAAUGUAGAAAUUUGUAUAAAAGGAUUUGGUCCUGGUAGAGAUGCUGCCUUUAAAGCUCUGGCUAAUGUGGAGAAUCAAUGGAAUGUUAAACGGAUUACUGAUACUACUCCUUUGCCUUUCAACGGAUGUAGGCCAAGGAAAGCUAGAAGGUUAUAA